AUAUAUAGACAAGACAAAGACUAAGCUGGCGGAGUCAAAUUAAACAUUUUAAUGAUAUAAAAAUAAACACAAAUCAGCAGUGUUAGUGUUUCAGUUUGUUUCUUUACUUGACUGUCCAUUUCCUCUGUAUUAUAUUUCUGUUUGGUGUAUCGAUCAAGAAUGGUAGUGAAUCAUCAUCUUCAGAUGAGUGAAGAUGAGAAGGCCAAGUACGAAGAAGCCUUCAAAAUCAUUGACAAAGAUGGAAACGGGAAGGUAAAUAGCCAAGAGCUGGAAAAAGUAAUGAGCUCACUGGGACAGAGCUUAACGGAAGCAGAGGUGAAGGAGAUGAUCAAGCAAGUGGAUAAAAACGGGAGCGGGACGGUAGAGUUAGCCGAGUACCGUGCACUCAUAUAUAAACGGUUGAAGGAUAAAGAAGCAGAAGCGGAGCUGGACGAGGCGUUCAUGGUUUUCGACAAGGACGGGAGUGGCCACAUCUCCGCCGACGAGAUCCGGCAAGGGAUGUCAAAGCUGCAGGUAGAGUUGAGUGACAGAGAGGUGGAAGAGAUGAUAGGGAAGGCCGAUAUUGAUAAGAAUGGGUUGAUUAAUUAUCAAGAGUUUGUCAAGAUCCUCAUGUCCAAAAGGCAAAAGAGGACGACGGAAGGCAAAAAAGACGACUACGGAAAGGGAGA